UAUUUAUAUAACUGUGUCGAACUCAAGAUGGUUAAAUUCUGCGAAGUACCAUGUAAUUUCUCUGAUGGAUCACAUUUGUUUCGCUGUGACUAGAAGGUGAAGUCAUGACAACAGAGCGUUCCUGGAUUUUACGCUUUCGUCGCCUAAGACGAUUGAGAUGUUUACUGGUUACGUGGCUUAUAGUUCUUCUGCUUUUAUUUGCGUCUUAUGGAGAGCUGAAUUACGUUUGGAAGACUUUACAACGAGGCGCAUCAGCUGCUUCACAAAAGAAUGAGUCCAAACUGUGGAAUUUCCCCGAGGAAACAACGGGCGAUCCAGUCAUUCAUCAGCGCUGCUCUCCAGUAACUAAUGUCCUGUUUCUUAAGACACAUAAAACAGGGUCGUCCACAGUAUCUAACAUUUUUUUCCGAUAUGGUGACUCCCGAGAUCUUUCAUUUAUUCUCGGUGGAGACACACUCAUUGGUUGGCCAGGACGCUUUAGAAUUGAACAUACCUUGAAACGUAAUAAUCUACAGCCAAAUUUUCUUUGUAGUCACACGAGGUACAGUAAGAAAACGAUGAAUUACCUUUUUCCAAAAAAUGGCAGUAAAUAUAUCACAAUCCUUCGAAACCCAGUUGAGCAAUUUGAGUCUGUUUUUAGCUAUAUGGGGCUCGGUAAAGUAUAUAAUCUAGGUGCUGACCUCACACAAUCUAUUAAACUAUUUCUCAGGAAAGGGAUAGAAUUUAAAGACAUACAUAAAACUCGGUCGUCAGUUUUAGCCAGAAACCCAAUGAUGUUUGAUUUGGGUUUAGACCCUCAGUUUUAUCAGAAUGCUACAGCAGUGAAGAACUACAUUGCAUUUUUGGAGAAGGAAUUUGACCUAAUAAUGCUUAUGGAGUACUUUGAGGAGUCCGUGGUGCUUAUGAAGCGCUUACUUUGCUGGGAACUCAGUGAUGUUCUACAUAUUAAAACAAAUGAGAGAAUAGAUAAAGAAAAAGUUGCGUUCAGCGAAAACAUGAGGGAAAACAUAAAACGGUGGAACAAAGCUGAUAUGUUGCUCUAUGAUCACUUUAACAAGACUUUUUGGAAUAGAAUACAAUUGGAAGGUGAAGGGUUUUACAAAGACCUUGCAGUUUUUCAACAAAUGAAGAACGAAAUGGAAAAGACAUGUUACAGUGGAACAACACUCCAAAUGGCCUAUAGCGGCAAAUAUGUGAAGAGCCUGGCUUUGAAUCCAAACCUGUCGCAAGCAAAUAGAGAGAAAUGUGAAAAAAUGACAAGAAAAGAGAACAGUUAUCUUGAGUACUUAAGACGGAAGCAAUCUUUUAAAUCAUCUGGACCUAUGAAGGCAGUAUUAAGAGAGGAAAAUGAACCUAACAAGCUUACCUGGGAUGUGGCAAAAGAUCUUCGAUACGAUCCCCUACCACUUUGAUCAUUGUGUAGUUAAACAGGAAUUCAUUUUCGACGAGGCUAAUUUGGGAUAACAUCGGUUUGCCUACAUAUUUCUAUGCAUGAGAUCUUAAUGCCCACAUAAUUUUUUUACUAAGGUAUUUGUUAAGGCUAACUCAAGAAAUACCCGGGCAUAUACUAGUAAUUAGGGUUUAAGGUCACAUUUACGAUCAUGUUCCCUAUAUUUUGCGAAAAUGUCUACCAUUGUGCUAUUUCAAAUAAAACGUCAGGUAUUCGAUUUUUCAAAA